CCCUGCGUGGCCGGGGAAACGGGAUGGGGGGGGGCCGCCCUUCUGAGACUACGGAGCCACAGGCCACGCGUCCUGAGAGGCCGCAAGGAGGCACGCGCAGUCUGGGGACGUGAAGCUUCAGUCGUCAUCGGCGUACUCACCGAUACUAGCCACCCAGUGACUAGUACCAGCCCCUUACAGUACCCAACUAGCCACCCAGUGACUAGUACCAGCCCCUUACAGUACCCAACUAGCCACCCAGUGACUAGUACCAGCCCCUUACUGUACCCUUCUAGCCACUCAGUGACUAGUACCAGCCCCUUACUGUACCCUUCUAGCCACCCAGUGACUAGUACCAGCCCCUUACCGUACCCAACUAGCCACCCAGUGACUAGUACCAGCCCCUUACUGUACCCUUCUAGCCACCCAGUGACUAGUACCAGCCCCUUACUGUACCCUUCUAGCCACACGGUGACUAGUACCAGCCCCUUACUGUACCCAACUAGCCACCCAGUGUCUAGUAUCAGCCCCUUACUGUACCCUUCUAGCCACCCAGUGACUAGUACCAGCCCCUUACUGUACCCAACUAACCACCCAGUGUCUAGUACCAGCCCCUUACUGUACCCAACUAGCCACCCAGUGUCUAGUACCAGCCCCUUACUGUACCCAACUAGCCACCCAGUGACUAGUACCAGCCCCUUACUGUACCCAACUAGCCACCCAGUGACUAGUACCAGCCCCUUACAGUACCCUUUUAGCCACCCAGUGACUAGUACCAGCCCCUUACUGUACCCUUCUAGCCACCCAGUGACUAGUACCAGCCCCUUACUGUACCCUUCUAGCCACCCAGUGACUAGUACCAGCCCCUUACUGUACCCAACUAGCCACCCAGUGACUAGUACCAGCCCCUUACAGUACCCUUCUAGCCACCCAGUGACUACUACCAACCCCUUACUGUACCCUUCUAGCCACCCAGUGACUAGUACCAGCCCCUUACUGUACCCUUCUAGCCACCCAGUGACUAGUACCAGCCCCUUACAGUACCCUUCUAGCCACCCAGUGACUAGUACCAGCCCCUUACUGUACCCUUUUAGCCACCCAGUGACUAGUACCAGCCCCUUACUGUACCCUUCUAGCCACCCAGUGACUAGUACCAGCCCCUUACUGUACCCUUCUAGCCACCCAGUGACUAGUACCAGCCCCUUACUGUACCCUUCUAGCCACCCAGUGACUAGUACCAGCCCCUUACAGUACCCUUCUAGCCACCCAGGGACUAGUACCAGCCCCUUACUGUACCCUUCUAGCCACCCAGUGACUAGUACCAGCCCUGACCGUACCCAACUAGCCACCCAGUCAUUUGUCUGGGUUAACAAGCUUAAUAAAACAGGAACUAAAAAUAUAACAAAGUAAUAAUAAAACAUACGAUUACACUUUGCACUGAGCCUCGCACGAACUCUUAACUUCCCCUCUGGCUCCGCCAGGCUCCGUGUCCGUUUGUUGGUUUG